ACACCACACCCAUGGCCUGCUACGACUCCUGCCGUCCCUGUGGACCCACCCCACUGGCCAACAGCUGCAACGAGCCCUGUGCCCUGCAAUGCCAGGACUCCCACGUUGUCAUCAACCCUUCCCCUGUGCUGGUCACCAUGCCAGGACCCAUCAUGACCUCCUUCCCCCAGAACACCGCUGUUGGAUCCACCUCCUCGGCUGCCGUGGGCACUGAACUCAGUGUGCAGGGACAACCCAUCUCUGGUGGAUUUGGUGGCUUUGGCUAUGGCCUUGGCUAUGGCCGUGGAUUUGGCUAUGGGCUGGGCUGUGGCUAUGGGCUGGGAGGCCUGGGCUGCUAUGGCAGAAGGGGUGGCUACAACUGCUAAGGGCCCUCAGCACCACCCCUGACACCAACCACCAGCUCCCUGGAACACAUCUCAGGCAUUGAGGACGCCUCUCUGGUCCAAGGCUCUCAGAUGGACUCAGCGCUUCCAGCUCCUGCUCUCAGGGCACCAAUCAAGACAGCAGACAAGACACCAGCCCUGGCUGUCUGCAAAAAUGGCCCAUCUGCCUCCUGCUCUUCUCCCACUCUGUGCUCUGCAUCGCCCCUUUCACUCUUUCCAGUCUCCUGUGCUGCAAACCACUUCUCCCAAGACAGAGACAGUUGAGCACCUCCAGUGGGCUGCUCCCACUGCUCCUUGAUGCUCUGGCCUAACUGCUUGCAAGCAAAGGAGCUUGGCCAAUGGUUGCCCUACUUGCUCCUCAGACUGCUUUCUUUCAGUGUAUGCUCAUGACCUUCCACUCCUC